AUGCUUAGAAACGUGAUAUCAAGGGGAAUUAGGUUAGGUCAAAGGUCAUUUGUUACGACUUGCAAAGCUACGUUGUUUCGCCAGAGAACAGCUAGUAAGCUUUGCUCAUUUUCGCAUCAAUCCCAACCAAGUUUGAGUCUUAAUUUUACUCGUUUAUAUUCCGGAUUCCCAGCAUUGACCAGAGAGGAAGCAAAGGAAAGAAUUAUAGAGUUAUUAGAAGGUUUUGACAAGGUGGAUUUUAAGAAAGUUGGCGAACUUACGGAAUCAUCGAGUUUUAUUCAGGAUUUGGGGUUGGAUUCGUUAGAUGUGGUUGAAGUUGUCAUGGAGUUGGAACAUGAGUUUAAUAUACAAAUACCUGAUAAUGAGGCGGACUCGAUAAAGACUUACGUCAAAGGUCCAGCUUAUAAGGCAAUUUCACAUUUUGGGAAAUUAAACCCCCCUUUAACAAGGUCAUACUUGCCAAACUUGGUGUAUUGGGGUGUUGGUAUUGGUGCUGCAGUUGCAGUAUUCACAGAAGGUGUUCCUUUGUUCCAACAAACGUUUUACGAAAAGAUUCCGUUUUUUGGUCAACAUUGGAUUAAAGAUGUAGAUCCAGAAGAUGUUCCACAAUAA